AUUAUGUCUGAAGGGAUUAAAAAGAAUGUGAAAUCAUUCACACCUUACAGAUCAAAACCAUCUGAUAUUGCUUCUGUAGAUGUUUCAAUUGAUCUAAUGAGACAGUUUAGAUUAAAAGUUUAAAAUUCACUUGAUCUUCAAGAAUAAUAGUUAUCAACUGAUUAACCUUUAUCCACCGACUUAUUUCACAAUCAUUAAUACACUACUUUUGAUAUUUCAUAAAGAGUAUCAUUAGAUGGCAAUAAUGAUAUUAUGUUUAACAAUCUAAGAGGACCAUUUGUUAAUAGUUCUCUUGAUAGCAAACUUUUUCAGAAAUCAUUUGAUAUAUUUUAAUCAUAAAAUAGGUUAAUCAAUCCUAUGAUGUCUUAAUUUUUUAACUCACCAAGAUAAUCAUUUUAUGCAUACCUACCAUAAUAAUAACAAAACGAAAUGCCUAGAAAUUCUAAUACUAGUUUAGAUAAAUAUAUUAAACUUACUUAAAUAAAUUCUUAAUCCUAAUUUAUUGUUAAACCUCCUUCUUAUAUAUAACAAAAUCAAAAUAACACUAAUCUUAAUCAUUUUAAAAAAGAAGAAUUAAAAUUAUUAAAUUAAGAUGAUUCUGGAUAAAGUGAAGUUGUUUAAAGUGAAAGUAGUUGGAAACAUAAUAAAGAUGAAUAAAAAGAAAUUAAAAUAAAUAGACGCAAUAGAAAAAGAUGUAUAAUUUAAGAAAGCUCUGAUUCUUAUAAAAUUAUUAGAAAAAAAAAAGGAUCUAAAGUUAAUGAUACUAAAAAUAUUACUAAAAACUUCUCUAAAGCAAUCAUUUCUUAUAUUCUUAAUAAUGAAGAAAUGAUUCAAGAAUUUAUUAAGAAGGAUUAAUAUGAUAAUUUUAUUUAGUUAUUAAAAAUUAAAAAGAAUACUAUGACUAAUAUAAAAUAAUUAAGAGAGCUUUGGGUAAAUGAAGGUAAGAAUCUUGAAUUCAAUAGAGUUUUUCGUAUUUUUAGGUACUUUUAUUAAUAUAUUAUAAAGCUAGUAUUUCUUAAGAAACUAAUCUAUUGCUUAUGUAUAUAAUUCAAGAAUUUCAAAUACUGCUUGGCAUUUAAAAUAUAGAUAAAAUCUUUUAAGGGCCCUUAAAGAGCCUGAAAAUUUUAAAUUCAUUAAAGAUAUAUGAUUAAAUACAAUAAAAUUAAAUGAUUUUUCUUAUUAAGUAAUUUUAUUAUGUUUGUAAUUAAUUUUUUAUUGCUUCCAUAAUGAAGAAAGAGGAUUAUAGAAUUAUACUUCAUUAUUCAUAAUUAACACUAAAUUAACUUACAGUCCCUUACUUUCAUGAAGAAAAAGGUUGCUAAUUCAACUUUUUUGAAUUAGAUCUACUAACAUAGGCUGAAUUAUAGUAGUAUGAAUCAAAAUAAAUUAUAUGUCCUGUUUGUCAUCUAAAAGGUAAGCUAAAAUUAGAUAUUCUUUAUUGUUAAAAUGAAUUUUAAAAUGAGCAAAAUUAAUUUGUCAUUAACACAUCAAAACAAUAAGCCUUAAAAUUAUAGAAAUAAAGUUUCACACAUUCUGUUUUUAGUUAGGAACAGGAAGUAUUUGAAUUAUAAAAGUAAUUUAAUUCUAAAAUAUUCUUAAAACUCUUAAGAGAUUUAUCCAGUAAUGAAUCAUCUUUGAAAUCUAUAGAAAAAAUAAAUUAAGACGUAAAAAAUAUUUAUAAAUUAGAGAAAUAAUGAAAUAUUUUAAAUUUUUCGUAAAAAUUGUUCAUAAAUUUCUCCUACUUCGAUAGGAGUAAUAAAUUUCAAAUUAAUUCUAUUUUACCACUUAUCUAAAAUCAAAAUAGAAUUGGAUCUUUAUGAUGAAACUAAUAUGAAUAUUAAAGAUUAUAAUUCAGGCAUGAUAAAAAUAAAAUAAGUCUAAUUGAUUAAUGAAUAUAUAUAUAUGAUCGUUUAACAAGAAAAGUUGAAUUAAUUAUUUAGAGGAAAGUUUAGAUAAAUUUUUGAUGAGAACAGAAACGAAGCAAUUUUUUAUAUAUAAUCAAUGCCAGGAUACACAUUAUUGGGAGAAUCAAGAUUAUUACAUAUUAGAAAAUAAUAAACAAUAAUGAUUGGAAGUAUUAAAUGAUUGUUAUAAAUUUAAUUAGACAGAGGUUCAAUAAUUGUAACAGAUGAUAUUGAUUAAAAUAUUAAUAUGUAUAAAGUAUUAAGUAUACCAGAAAUAAGUGAAAAUUCUUAAGUGAUUGUAAUAAAAGAAUCAUAAAUCUUAUAUAUAGAUUAUAAUUAAAUAGGAAUAGGAUAAGUUAAAGAAUAUAACAUAUCUGAAUAAAAUUUCAUAGAAAUAAGAUCGAAUUUUAAAUUAUAGGAAAAUGUUCGUAUUGAAUUGUCAUUAAUUCAUAAUAAUGUAUUGUAUUUAAUGGAUAGUGAAUGUUUGAAUCGUUAAAAAGGCUAGAUUUCAUAUAUUAUACCAGGAGAGAAGAAUUCCUAAACCAAAACAAUGAAAAUAAUAAAUCAUCAUAGUUAUAUGAAAGUUAAAACUAUACCUGCUACUUAAACAAAAGUUGGAGUUGUAGGUUGUACUUUAAUUGGAUUAAUGUUCUAGAAUAGUGAAAUAGUGUUUCCUGGAAUAUUGGUUAUAAAUGAUAAAGAUAAUUUAAUUGAGAUUGAGCUUAUAUGA